AUGUCUUUUUUCAACUGCACGCUGCUCGUGUUAAUCCCAUCUGAAAUCUCGCGACAGAAAACCCAUGCCGGUAAUAUGGUGGGUGUGGCCAUCUCAGAGGCCACUGCAUCGUGCCUUCAGAGAUUCACAGAGUGCCUCGAAGUCGAGGCGUUGAUGAAGGAUGAAUGGGCGGAAAACCGCCUGGCCGAUUUCAACCUGUGGGUGUCUGGCGUCGGUGCCUCGGCUCGAGAACGGGCAUCGCUCGAUGCGAGAUUGACUGGGAGGUCCGAAGCGCGCGAGGUAAUAGUGAAUCUAUUAUGUCUCAUUGCGAAUGUCGUCGACGAGUCACUUUCGGGAAACAGCGACUCUAACACAGAAUUCGAAAGUGAUGCAGGGGCAGAUGGGUUCCUUGCUCCGGAUGAGCCUCCAGCACGACCAUUUUCUCCAUGGUCGGAUGACUCGUCUUCAGAUUCACAGUCAGAAGAGACGGGGCCGAUUUCGACACGCAACCCACUGCACGAUGCCAUGCAUAACAUAGAGAUGAUGCUUGACCAGCUUGCUCGGAUCGCUGUUGCAGUUCGCCGAUCAGGAAGGCGCUCACGACUGCAAAAGGCAGAUCAGCGAUUCAACCCUCAGGAUCACCGGGAAUUAGAGGAGCACCUUACCACGAUUCUGCUUGCCCGUCCCGAGUUUGCAAAAGAGCAAAUCGACCCUUCAAGACUAAAUGAGGUCCAACGGCGAUUGAUUCGUUGUAAUUUGAAGCGUCGAAAUCGCUUCCUCUAUGCACAGCAGCAUUCGAAAGGGUUGGAUCCGGCGACUACGGAGCACCAAUAUCGAACGCCAGUUCCCGAGAUAACGAAACCACCUCCAGAUGACGGUGGAAACCAGAAGUCUCGACCGAUUAUUUCAAAGCUCUGGAAUGGAACAAUGGAUACAAGAACAGGGACUAGUGCAUCAGCAAUGAGCAACUCUUUUGCCUUGAAAGAAGCCCUGGUUCCAGCACCAGCAUCAUCGACUGUAAUGUCAUCAACGGUGAUUGAUCUCCAAUACCCGCGACCUCCAAAGAUAAACAAGGAUGCACAAAUCUUUCGUUGUCCUUGUUGCUGUGCAACAUAUCCCGUAGCCCAAGCAGAAAAGAACCGGUGGAAAAAGCACGUCGCGGAUGACCUUAGCCCCUACACCUGCAUCCUGCCGGGUUGCAAUGAGCCUGAUGUUCUCUUCACCACGAAGGAAACCUGGCGACGACACAUUCUCACAGAGCACCGUAGCUUUGACUUUUGGGUUUGCUUUGCCUGUUCAGACAACGUACAGUUUUACAGCGAACACGAUUUUAUAGUACACACGACGACGGCUCAUGCAUCAUCUAUUCCGCAAGAUCAAAUAUCACUCUUAACAACCGUUUGCAAACGGUCCGCUCCUACGGAGAUCAAUUCCUGUCCACUGUGUGACUGGCCAGAAGGCCAAGAAAGCGAAGUGGACAAAGAUAUGCUCCUUGAUCAUAUCGCCAGGGAGAUACAUUCUUUUUCGCUUCGAGCAUUACCCUGGGCCGAUGAUAACGGACAGGAGACUGAUGAGCGAAUCGACUACAGCGCCAGCAAAGUUUACGACUGGCUGAUAGAAAACAGUCUAGCAGAUAGUCCGGAUCAAGAGAGGCCAUCUUGUGAGAAAAGACAUUUUACCUCUGAAUACUUCCAGUAUAAUGCAUAUUUUGCGGGCAGCUCGGAAGGCUCGAGCUCCAGCGACUUUGAAUCAGAUGCUUCUUGGGAAGUCGAGCUGAACAAACUAAAGCAAUCGGAGAGAUCGGUGUCCUUUGGAAGCAAAGGAAGUGACGAGCGCUCUGAAGAAACAGGGGAAAUAAGAAGGAUCGGGCAAAGAACCCCCGAGUUCGAUGAAUGGGCAUUCCCAGGGGGCUUGGAAAAAGAUACGGAGCUCUUGUACAAAGAUCAGGACACUGCCUCGGCUAGACCGCCCUCUAAUGUCCCUUCGCACCAUCAAAUAUCGUCAGAGAGCUCCAGUAUAGACCCUGUGGAUACAGCCACGGACAUUCCUACUACUACCGGAGAGUCUUCAGUCAUCCUUGGCCAGGCAGCUGCCGAGGGCAAGUUAGUUCAAGAGGAGUUAUCAGGGGUUACCAAUACCGAAGCACAUGAUUCCCAAGAAACAGCAGAAGCAGAUCUCCCCAUGACAGCGGCUCAGAAGAAGAAGGCGAAGAAAGAAAAGAAGAGAAAGCUCGCAACUUUAGAUGCAUUUCUGGCUAGCGAUGUCGAAAAUCCAGACAUACCGCCACAUUCGGGUCUUUCAUCAAAUUCUGCCCUCCCUCCCAACGAUCGAAAUGAUCAUGACUGGGAAAGAAUGACCGCAGACGAUGGAGAUUCAGUGUCUUCAGGAGCUGAUUUUGAUAGUCCGAUCGUCGGCCUUGUCUCCCCUGGCUCUCCGACAGAUCCUGCAAAUACAAUGCCAAUCAGUUCUUUUGAUGAAGCCUCUAAAACUGCUAGUUAUAUUGCGACUUUCUUUGUGAAAUUUCGCGAAAAUCUACCGGAACAUGCGGCAGAAAUUACCAGACUUAUUCUGGACGUUGACUUUAUCCACGCAGCUCUAGAUUCCCUGGAAAGGCUGAAUGUGAGCGGUGAUUAUAAAGACCAGCUUGACGCUGUGGAGAAUGACCGUGAACUAGUCUGCGAAAGCUUGUACUAUACCUUUCAGGAUAUCUUGGACCUUUCUCCACACCGAAGAGCCGAGGCAAAUUGGAAACAAGCGUGGAUUGACAUUCAACGCUUUUUUCGAGAUGAGCUAUCGCUACCGGCUCGUUUUGUCUUUUACAGUGACAUUUUAAAGGACGUAACCGCCAUGAUGCAGCAGUGCGUGUCCCAUUCCUUUUGCGUCCAAUACGUGGUUCCAUUUUGGCUGACUAUAUUAUGGCUUGAAAGUAAUAUUUCAGAUAGAGAUGUUCCAACCGUCGGGCGGAAUGAAAUCAACGCUCUCCUCCUUAAGCAAAAAUACCGACGCGCAGUCACCACACAGGCGAAAUCAUCCCCAACCAUCGCAAGUGCCGGAGCGGAGAGUCCUAACAACCAGAGACUUCGUGUAGAGAACUCCCGCGAACCCAUGCCUCCCUUUAAGCUUCCACUCCCGACCCCGGUGAGACGUGGAAAGCGAAAUGCGGCGCAUUCCAUUGCCAGCGCCCGUCCAAAUAUCGUCCCUACUUCUAUGGCCGGUGAUCAGGUUCAAAGGACCUUCUCAGAUGACGCCACAGCGAUGAACACUGGUCAAACGUUGCAAAUUGACGAUCCGGAACCUGUCACCAUUUUGAUAUCCCAGCUUUACCAAGCAGCUGCGGAAGGACGCGUGGAGGAUGUUGAGAAACUCCUCGCAGAGAGGCUAAGUCAAGAUGCUAUUACUAACCGUGAUGAGGACUUCUUCGAUGCCGAGUGCCAAAAACUUUAUGAGAAGAUUGAGCAGUGGGCUCUUUUUUUUUCAAGACAUUCGGAUAACCGUCAAUGUCUCUUGCUGGGUGACCUGGGCGAGGAGAAAGUUACUCAUCGAUUUGAUAACGCCAUCUUGGAUGGCUCAGCUGCUGACACUUGGUUGGGAUUUAAUAACCACCGAACAAAGGUCUUCACGUCUGUCAUAAUGAGCAUGGCGUGGGAGUUCAUCUUUACACGUUACCUCUUCGGGAUGGACCGUGAUCAGAGAACGAGGCUUAAAACAGCGGAGAAACACCUUGGUACAAUUGCACCACCUAAAACAACCCACCAUUGGCGAGCUGUUAUUUUGGCAUUAUCCUCUCACACCUCUUCAUUUACCCAUCAGGUGCAAUCUGAUACUGAAGCGGUUGCGCACGAGAUUUUCCGCACAUUAUGUCCUAUCCUUCCUCCGCCGACAGAAGUUGAAUUGCAACUUCUCGAGUCACUCUGCGAGGUGAUACAGGCCGCAGCUAAACUGGCAAUUGAAAUGCGAACCCAAUUGGCUGAAUAUAUCGUGUUACCCCCUCUGCAACCUAAGUUUGACGACAAGGGUAAUUUGGUCAGUCAGAUCUUUUUCAAUGCAACUCUCAUGAAUGAAUCCAGCGGGGGCAGUAAAUCGAAUGAAGAUCUGGAAGCGCAAAGAGCCGUUGUUCAGUUAGUCCUCUUCCCACUCGUUGUCAAGAAGGGCAAUGACCUGGGUGAGGGGGAUGAUGAGAUUAUACUGUACCCUGCACAGGUGCUUGUCAAGGGCAGCACAGAAGAGAAUAAACGGGAAGAUCCACUCGCGCCCCCCGAGAAUGACUGGGAAGACCCUCCUUCGCCACUUCGCGAGAAUGAAUGA